CACGAGAGUCGACGGCACGAAGAUGGCGAGGAUAUGGGAAAAGGUGCAAGAUGAACGGGAAAUGGCGCUGAUGGAGGUCAAGGGGCAACCCGUACAACCUCGCGUCUUAUGGUCCAAGAAAGCAGCGGCUUCUGCAGCACAUGGUGACCUGCGCAGGCUUGUCACGAACCGAUCCGGACACAAAGUCAGUGUUGAUACCCCUACUAUGGGUGAUGUGGUGAGGAUGACUACGGCUUCGCUGUCAGAGGAGAAAGAGACUCAGUGGUUUGGCCUCUCGUUGCUCAUAAUCAUGGAGGGCCACAACGACCGCUACUUUGAAUUGGAGCACUUUCCACCAUCGAAGAAUACAGCUCUCCAGGUCGCGAGCUACAGCCUUUUGGUGUAG